GGCGCGCGCGCGGCCGCCCCUCGGCCCCGGAGCCCCUCGGCGGCGCCACCAUGUACUCGGGAGCCGGCCCCGUGCUCGCGCCUCCUGCGCCGCCACCGCCACCCAUCCAAGGAUAUGCCUUCAAGCCUCCACCCAGACCCGACUUCGGGACCUCCGGGAGAACAAUCAAGUUACAGGCCAACUUCUUUGAAAUGGACAUUCCAAAAAUUGACAUCUACCAUUAUGAAUUGGAUAUCAAGCCGGAGAAAUGCCCGAGGAGAGUCAACAGGUAUUCCGUCCUCUCAUCCCUCAUCGGUCUCGACCGGCUGACGCGGGUCCCGGCGUUAAAGGGUGGCCCCCUCUGGCUCUGUCCCACCUACAAGGCCCGAAGGUGGCCUCCAGGGAUCAGGCAGACAGAGCCCAGGUGGCCGGCAUGGAAGGGGCACCACCGGGCACACCCCACGUCACGCUUUUGCUUUUUUUUUUGCUGUUUUUUCCCACCUGUAGUCUCAGCAACUGCGUUUUAUAAGGCACAGCCAGUAAUCGAGUUUGUUUGUGAAGUAUUGGAUUUUAAAAGUAUUGAAGAACAACAAAAACCUCUGACAGAUUCCCAAAGGGUAAAGUUUACCAAAGAAAUCAAAGGUCUGAAGGUGGAGAUCACGCACUGUGGGCAGAUGAAGAGGAAGUACCGUGUCUGCAACGUGACCCGGCGGCCCGCCAGCCACCAAACAUUCCCGCUUCAGCAGGAGAGCGGGCAGACGGUGGAGUGCACGGUGGCCCAGUACUUCAAGGACAGGCACAAGCUGGUUCUGCGCUACCCCCACCUGCCAUGUUUACAAGUCGGACAGGAGCAGAAACACACCUACCUUCCCCUCGAGGUCUGUAACAUAGUAGCAGGACAGAGAUGUAUCAAAAAGCUGACCGACAAUCAGACCUCAACCAUGAUCAGAGCGACUGCCAGGUCGGCGCCCGAUCGGCAAGAAGAGAUUAGCAAGCUGAUGCGAAGCGCAAGUUUUAAUACAGAUCCGUAUGUUCGUGAAUUUGGAAUCAUGGUCAAAGACGAGAUGACAGAUGUGACCGGACGGGUCCUCCAGCCGCCCUCCAUCCUCUACGGGGGCAGGAAUAAAGCGAUCGCCACCCCUGUCCAGGGCGUCUGGGACAUGAGGAACAAGCAGUUUCACACGGGCAUUGAGAUCAAGGUGUGGGCCAUCGCGUGCUUCGCCCCCCAGCGCCAGUGCACGGAGGUCCACCUGAAAUCCUUCACAGAGCAGCUCAGAAAGAUCUCGAGGGACGCUGGGAUGCCAAUCCAGGGCCAGCCGUGCUUCUGCAAGUACGCCCAGGGGGCGGAUAGCGUGGAGCCCAUGUUCAGGCACCUGAAGAACACGUACGCUGGCCUUCAGCUGGUGGUGGUCAUCCUGCCUGGCAAAACCCCCGUUUACGCCGAGGUCAAGCGCGUGGGAGACACGGUGCUGGGGAUGGCCACGCAGUGUGUGCAGAUGAAGAACGUGCAGAGGACCACGCCCCAGACCCUGUCCAACCUCUGCUUGAAGAUCAACGUCAAGCUGGGAGGCGUGAACAACAUCCUGCUGCCCCAGGGGAGGCCACCCGUGUUCCAGCAGCCCGUCAUCUUUCUGGGGGCCGAUGUCACCCACCCACCCGCUGGGGACGGGAAGAAGCCCUCCAUUGCCGCCGUCGUGGGCAGCAUGGACGCCCACCCCAACCGCUACUGUGCCACCGUGCGGGUUCAGCAGCACCGGCAGGAGAUCAUCCAGGACCUGGCCACCAUGGUCCGCGAGCUCCUCAUCCAGUUCUACAAGUCCACGCGCUUCAAGCCGACCCGCAUCAUCUUCUACCGCGACGGCGUCUCGGAGGGGCAGUUUCAGCAGGUUCUCCACCACGAGCUACUGGCCAUUCGCGAGGCGUGUAUUAAGCUGGAAAAGGACUACCAGCCAGGGAUCACGUUCAUAGUGGUGCAGAAAAGGCACCACACGCGGCUCUUCUGCACCGACAAGAACGAGAGGGUUGGGAAAAGUGGAAACAUUCCGGCAGGCACGACUGUGGACACGAAAAUCACCCACCCGACCGAGUUUGACUUCUACCUGUGUAGUCACGCCGGCAUCCAGGGAACAAGCAGGCCUUCCCACUACCACGUGCUUUGGGACGACAAUCGUUUCUCUUCCGACGAGCUGCAGAUCCUCACCUACCAGCUGUGUCACACCUACGUGCGCUGCACGCGCUCCGUGUCCAUCCCGGCGCCGGCGUACUACGCUCACCUGGUGGCCUUCCGCGCCAGGUACCACCUGGUGGACAAAGAACAUGACAGUGCCGAAGGAAGCCAUACCUCCGGGCAGAGUAAUGGGCGAGACCACCAAGCCUUGGCAAAGGCGGUCCAGGUUCAUCAGGACACGCUGCGCACCAUGUACUUUGCUUGACGUGUCGUAGUGUUUACGAUGGUGUACGGAGUUGGAUUCACAUGAGACCAGCUACACUCAGACCAACAGAUGCCCAGCCCUUCCGUGACAGCCAGCAUCGAACAUGAGACGUCAUCGAUUUUCGUAGAUUCUCCAUCUUCCAGAAUGCCUUCCGUCCCGGAUUUCAGACUUGGAUUUUGAACUGCAGACCUGUAUGAGACCCCAUUGUCGUAGGAAGUAUGGUUUGCCAAAAUCUAGAAGCUGCUUCUUAAAAUAGAGUCCCGUGUUUCCUAAAAAUCUCCUAAAACCAGUCUAUGAACUCAGGGCUUUAAAACAUUUUUAAUUUAUUUGGUCAUUCGAUUUACUUGUUUUUAAUACGUGAUUCUCUAUGAAAUUGAUGGGCUCAAACUAGCUGUGAACGUUCUCAGAGAGUGGAAGCAAAACACAGAGCACGGCAGUGGUUUUAAAGCCUUGAGCGUUGUGACGGGGUCGCUGACGUCUACACCAGAGUGACCCUAGUGCGCUCCUGACAGGGCUCACACAAGCUCUUCGGGGCCGAGGGCAGGUGGCCCGCCGAGGCGCCCACGGGCGUCUCGCUCUGUCACCACCCGCCUCUCACUCAGCUUGAAAUAAGGAGCGGGGGCAGAAGACGGGCCAUGUGUGUUUACAACAUUUAUAGGUCCAGAGAGAUUGGCAGACAAGUGCCAUUUUAAUAAAAAUUUAUUUAAAAAAAAAAAAAGAAAAAAGACAAUAUGCCGACAGUCUAAUCGUAAGAUUUGUCCUAUAGGACUGUGACAUUUAUUUUCCAAAGUUUCUAAAGAAUACGGGUCUGUGGUGAUAAAUACAGUACAAUCCUUUUUCACUGUUAUGUCUUUAAUGUAAGAGAAAAAAUAUAUAUAUCUGGUUUGCAGUAUUAAUGUGAUAGGUAGAUGCUGUUUUUCAUUUUAUUGACUAUGGGGUGCUUAUUGUGAUCUGUUUAGCAUAUCAGGAGUGUUUUGGAGCCUGGAGACUGGACCGCCUCAUGUGGUUCUCGCGCUUACGUACAGGAGUAUGCAAUUGACUCAAUGUGACCGCGACCCGCCUUCCCCGCGUAGAUUGCGUAGCCUGUACCUUGGGGGGCACCGAGCGCGCACGGCAGCCGCUCGCCGCCACCCCACCUCCCGCCCCCGUGUGUUACUCAGCCGGUUAAGCACAGAUGGAAUGUACUUAUUCUUCCAUUCCUGGAACAGGUCCACGUGUCGGAGUGCACUUCUCUCUGCGUCUGGUUCUCUGUUAGACGAGUCUCGUAGGAUCUAUGCACUGAAACGCGCAGAGAGCCGUCGGCGGUGGCUCCCCGUUGGGCGCGAGGCCAGCGGCCCGCGACGGAGCCUGCCCGCGGAGGUGGCGGACUGCAAAGCCCGCAGAAGAGAUUUGCAUUCUGGGCCCCAGACGCGGGUUUGCCAAUCUAGAAACCGUCGCACUAAGCGUGAUACCACGGACAACUCCGGAAGGGUAACAGCAGACGAUUCUGUGCUAAGUGGGCUGUUUGUCCUCGUAGACAGUUUUUAAAACAAAUCAAAUCCACGUUCAGUGUAGAGAUUCGGGGAAGGAGACGAGCCCUUCCCCCCCCCCCCCCCCCCAGUGCUGCUUUGUGCUCUGUAGGCUUACCCCUCCCUGCCGACGGCCCUCCCCGGACCCCCUCCCCGACACUGACCUCUGGCCCUGCGGUGGGACGGGGGUCCCGAUGGGCUGCCUCUUGCUGGAGACAGCACCCCCACCUCCAUCCUUGUCUGCUGGCUCGGAGGGGGGAGGGGCGACCACAGGCGGGGCUGUGACCGACACUCGGCCUAGAUUUUGGCGGCGAUGACAAAGGGGCGACUAUUGUUUGUGAAGAUAUAUACUCAGAGUGGUGUGUGCGUGCGUGUCUGUGUGUGCAUGUGGGUGUCUUAGUAAUGGCGUUAGCCUUUUCUUGCUGUAUCUUUUUUGUUUUGGGGUUUUUUUUGUUUUUUGGGUUGGUUGGUUUUUUUUUGUUGUUAUUUUGUUGGUUUUUGUUUUUUUGUUAUUUUGGUCUUUUUAAAUGAACAGAAGCCUCUGCUCUAAGAAAUGUUGCAAUUCCCUGUCCUUUUAUUGGCAAGUGGCACUUUCUCCUAUUUUCAGAAGGAUACCAAUACACUCUUGGCUUAAAUUACCAGGAGCAUCCAAGCUAAGGAGGGAAUCUCUUCACUAAUACACCUUCGAAAUCUGAAAUUAGGUUAGUUUUCAGCCAUGUUUAGGGUCAUCUGGAACCGUGUGUCUCAAAGGCUUGUUUCUGCGACCUGCCACAGGGUCCUGGCGGUCAGGGCAGUGGCGGUGCUUGGUAAAAAUGCAGACCCCUGAAUCAGAUUCUCCAGAGCUGGGCUGGGCGUCUGUAUUUUGUACCUUCAGCCGGGAUUGCGGGGCUGCCUGAAGUCUGAGAACCCGUGAGGGAGAACUUUCUGAAGAGUAAUCUCCCUCGAGCACCGAGGGCCCAGCCCGGGGGAGCCCUUUGGCAGUGUGGGCAGGUGCCUUCUAAGCUAACGCCUAGGAGAGAUCACAGGCUGACAGAAAAUUAGACCUUUUUUUUCUUUAAUCAUUUGAAGGCAAGGUGUUCCUUUUCGUGGGCAUAGUACUUCGAGAAAGGUACUUUGUACAGCCCUAUGCUAGUUUUAUAAAACCUUUCAUGCUAAAAGCAUUAACAGACCAAACGUCUCCAGCUGGGUUAGCUGCAUACCUUUGUACACAUCUGAUGAUUCAGAAUUCAAAUGGCUGUAGUUACAGUUUCUCAGGUAAAUAAUUGUUUUCCCAAAUUUCUACCAAUCCCCCCGUUACUAGGAUCAGUUUUGAGACAGCGUAAAACCUCAAAGUGCAGUAGACUAAGUCUGAGCCCUGUUCAUGCGGAAGCCAAAAGGGGCCCUCGCCCGUCUCUGACUGUGCUUGCACCCCCCGCCCCUGGGCUACCUCGGCCCUCGUGGCCCCAGAUUCCCAGGGGAGCCCCGUCCUCCGCGUGCGUGCGGUCACCGGAGGCUCGGGGCCCGUGUGGACUCGAGUGGCGUCCGCUCGCUGGCUUUGCCCCGCCCCACUGUUAAGUAAGGUGUGCCUUGCUUUAAGCAAACUGAAUGUGAAAAUUAUGAUGUAGAAAUCUGGAUUCAUUAAAGAGGAAAACUAGGAUUUAUCUCGUCUCUUUCAAAGAGGUCUCCCAAUGAGAUUCUUAUACUGGUACUCUUCCUAGUAGAUUUUAAAAUGUUCGCUUUAAGAGAAAUGACUGUACCCCCCCUCCCUUCCCCACUGUUCUGCUCGCCCCGCUCUCGCCCUAGUGACAAAGCAAUGAAGGAAACCCCGGGGGAGCCGAGGGCGGCCGCUGCUUUGUGCCCGUGCCCCUUGGGGACGCUGAGAUUCCAGCCUGUUUGUGUGCUACAAGCUCAGAAUUGCCUAGUGCGGAUACGUUAUUGUAAAACUGGGCAUACCUGUGCUUUUAGAAAGGGACUGUUUGGUUUGGGAGUUGAGAAAUCUUCACACACACACUUUUGAUACGUUAUAGGGUCUGCUUUUACUUGUUAACGUGAUGUCGCUUUCUGGUGGUGGUCUCACACUCCCGUGGAUGAAUGUUUGCACUCUAGAACCACAGGCGGCCCCUGGCCCUCGGUGGGUGGGGGUGGGGGGGGGGGGCUUGCCCGAGAGGGACGUGGUGGCAACGGAGUGAUUUCCCUGCUCUUUUGAGGUUGGCCGGGGUCCCUGCUCUGACUGAUGUUCACCCUGGCUGCGGGGUGCUCAUUGGAAAAGACCGUGUAGUUCAGUUCCUGCAGCGGGGUGCGGGGUAGUUUUACUGAUGUCAUAUUAUAUGUUAUUUUUAUUGUUGGUAAAUGCAAAUGUUGCUAUUUAUUUUUUUUCUUUCUGCUCUGGUUCGAUUUGGCCGAUGUGGAUAUCCCAGUGCAUGUGGUACCUGAUGGAUAUGCUAGCAGUUUCUUUCCCCCAACUUUUAUAAAUUGCCUAAUGUUUACCUGCAAGUUUGCCGGAUGAUUUUAUUUUUGAAAGCCACAAAUGUAAUUUUUCUGGAUGAAUUGUUUUUCUUAUAUAUGCAGCAAUGUAAUUUUACAUUGAUCUGCAGGGUGAUUUAAAUUUUAUUUUUACAAGGCAGUUUUUCAGUCAAAUUAUAUAUUUGAUACAAUAUGUUAAGGGUAGACCAGCCAAGCGUCCUGCAGUUGGGACACCAGACUGUCUCUGGGGGGCCUUGGGGGGCUGGGACGGCUUCUCUUGGUUGCUUGGCAUCAUGGAAGCACUUGGCUUGGUUCGUGGAGCCGUCAGGAUCUGGAUGUACUCCUUCAACGGGACUUUGAUCUGUUGGACAGUUAAAAGGAUUUUUCAUGGGCAUUUUCCUUCACCUAAGGCAGUUCCAUUAGGAGGAGCUUUAGAAGUUGACAUAAUCCAGACAGUGGACAAUCCCAGUGGCCCAGACAAGCCAUAGAAAUUUCCCUGUGACCUCUCUUUGACUCAUCUCUCACGCUCAUGAGAAAAGGAAUGUACAAUAAAUAGAAACUUCCUCAGUGUUCGUACGCCUCACUUUCAGAAUGCAAAUAGUUUAUUUAUAUUUUAAGCCCUUCCCCAGAGUAACCAAGAAUCUUCUCCCUCGAGCUGCCCUGCCUGCGGGUUUCGGCUGCGGUGACGUUCUCUUCAGUGUGGACACGGUGCACGUGUGACUUUGUAAUGGGGCUGUCUGUGUUACACACACACGCUGACUCUUUUGUAAGGAAGAUUUUCAACUCAGAAUAAUUGCACUGAUUUUUUGACAACUUCCUUUUUAUUAUGUCCAACUUUGCAUCUGCUGUACUUGUUUGAAAUGAUUGUAAAUAGAUGUAGGGCCGCAAACGUGAUAGGAACGCGACGUGUCGCUUUGUUGUAGGGUACUGGCACGUUUUCAGUAUUAUGUGUUAGAGUCGCGUGGACUUCACUCUGCCUCUUUAGCCUUGUGUCUGCUGACCAUUCAUGAAGGACAAAUUAGCCUCGUUUUCUUGUUUUCCAGAAAGGAAGUUUGCAGUUUAUUGAAAGGAGAGUAUGCUCUCCCGUUGAGGUCUGAAGAUUUAACUUUAAGAGGGUUAAUUAUAAAUCCUUUGAACGCUCUCUUUGGUCUAAUUCCUGGUUGUUUUUCAUGGCUCCUUAAAGCAUUUUCUUCCAGUUCCAUCCAGCAUCUGACAGUUCGGAUCAGAAGCAUCUGUGUGGCCAAUGUUGCCAGACGGUGAGGGCCUCCCUCACUUCUCUUUGGUCAGCCAUCAUUUUAAAGCCAUGAGAUCACUGUUGUGUCAAAACCGUCAUUUGUGGCUUAGCCCAUCGAUGCUGGAGAGACCUGAGAUCCAGCGCUGUUCCUUUAUGCCUUGUGACGUUGCUAGAUGAGAAGUAUGUGCUCCAGCCCACAGCCCACAGUGUGUAAUUGUUUGCGGUCAGGCUACCCAGUAAGACACACACGGAGCUUCUAGACCCAAACCAGACACGAAUGUGUGUCAACGUAGCGUCGAUGCCAUCGUGGUGCCCUCCGUAAUGCUUUUUUGGUUAUGUUUUGCCAUUUUAUUGUCUAAAGUGAAUGUAUUGGCCUAGCCGAAUCACCACAGAAAGUGGUUUCUGAAUACGUUUUAGUUUAAAAAAAAGUAAAUAAAUGCAGAUAAAGGCUACCUCUGAAUUCUCAGUAGAUUCGUGUUUGCUCUUAAGCGUAGCUAUCCACACUGAAAAUAGCCAAAACGUUGCCUGAAUAAACUGAAUUGUGAACAUCUCUCUCUCCAGUUCUGGCUUGAAAACGCGUGUGCCAUACUGUGACCCGUGGGCAGUCCCCUCCUCCCCCUCGGAGGUAAGAGAGGCGGGCCGGGACUCCUCGGGGCUGCCCGGCUCCGUUUUAGGACUCGUUUUAGGACUCUAAGCAGCCAGCACGAAUGAAACGGAAGAGCCUCCCGCACCGUCCUCCCAGGCUGGCGGGAGCGCCUCCGUGCGGGGCUGCGUGCAGCGAGACCCUGAAGCGGCCUGUGGUCCUGGCCUUGUGCGCUUCCCUGUUUGCUGUGAGAAAGCACUCUCUUCUCUGCUUCACUUGUGAAUGGGUUGAAAAUGGCUCCCUCUGCGCUCUCCUCCCUUUUUAUACGCUCUGUAAAAUCACAAAGGUGCUUAAACACCGACUCUUGUGCAAAAAUAAUCCAUCUAAAGUGGCCGUGUGGUCGCAGGAGACAGUGCGGUCGUGAUCGGCCUUUGACCUUGGAACCUUGAGUUACCGUCACUCCCUACUUAAAAAUGAUCUACGGUUUAAAAGCAAAAUGUUCUGUCCGAGUCCAAGGCCCUUUGUUUGACCGGACAUAAGGGCCCACAGCCAGCAUCUUGAAGUCGGAGUUCCCAGGGCCCCCUGGGUCAUCUGACACUAACUCGCUAACUCGCAGGCAGUCUGUCCUGAGAGUCUGUCACCUACCGCUCUGAAUAGCCCUCCCUGUGAUUAACCACUUUGCUGCCAGAACGUCCUUUGCCCACACGCUGCCGUGGGUCAGUCGGGGUCGCCCUCUGCCCUCUUCACCUCUUGUCUUUAGGCUCGUUAGGUUCUCUCAUCUUUGAAGGUCCGCAUUUGCUGCGAGACCCCUCCGUUGGUUUGCUCUUAAAUUGUUGAGGGACGGGCGGGCGGUUUUGCGGGAACGGACAUCUGGGGGCGUGGAGGUUGCUCUGCUCGCUCACCGGACGCUCAUCAGAUGCUGACUUUGGCGCAGAGAGGUUACGCGUGUAACAUGACCUGGCAGUUUUUGCCUUUAGCACUGUCGUUUUGGGUUUUGAUGCUUUUCUCGCUGCGCGGCUGCUUUAAUCCUGAAAGAGCUAAGUGUCCUUUGCGGUCUUUCUACGAAUGUUUUGUAAUGGCGCGACUACACUGUUUUGUAGACACAGCCCUCCCCAAGAUGCGUGGGCGCUCAGCGCGGGCACCCUCAGUGUCUGCUGACCUGCUGCUUCUGGAACUGCUCGGGCGCUCUGGGUUGGCCUUCUCUUCCACCAGAAUCCCAUUCAGGGCGUUUUCAGGGGACACCGCACGGCAGCCCACUCUGAUUCAGUAAUGUGAACUGUUGAACUCAGAUCUGCCCGUGAGCUCUGUGCAUAAAUGUCUCCAGAAUCCCAGGGUGGGUCUCUCCCGCCAUUUUCGCGUUCAUGAAAAAUUAUUUUAAAAGAGGGAGCUGAAGACUACUGGUGCUUUUGUUAACACUUUUCUCUUACUGGUUGAUGUGAAAGAGUUAAAGCUAAAACACCAAAUAUUAACUCUUCCUCCUCAAGUGUCUCCAGGAACUAGAUGUUGAGGCCACCCUCGUUAAGCACCUUCUGAAUCAAGGUCCUUCAAACCGUGAGUCGAUCCCAAGACCAGCCUACACCAUGAGGCCAGGGGUGCGGUGCAGGCCAACUGCGUGGCCCCUUGGCACCACUUGGCAGACCUCGGUGCUUGUGUUGGGGAGCCGAGGCUCCUUUGAACUCUAGAGACUGUGGGGACAAUCUGGGGGGGGGGGGGCGCGGGAGAGGGCAGGUCCCUCUGACCCAGGAAGUGGGUGGCACCAGUCCUUCCUCUGGUCUCCCUUGGUACCCGACUGAGCAUGUUCUGGAAGACCCAGUCUCAGCCUCUGUGCCUUUAAAAGUCCGGUCCUCAGUGUCCUUUUGGAAUCGCGUUGGGGCUGCGUUUUCAUUGGGAAGUAAGCCUGGAUCAUUCCACAAGUCAAUCAUUGACCUUCUGCCUUUGAAGCUGCGUUUGCUCCUCAGCUCCUGACUUUGUAAACUGUGAUGCCCGUGCAUACUGUCUCACGUCGGAAAACGUUAGGUUCUUGUAGCCGCAGGAUUUCCUUUCCAAGUCCACGUCCGCGGCGGGGAUUCCGGGAAAUGCGCGCAAGAUCCAUCUCUUUUAGUCAGGCGUCGACCGUAACCGUCAGCAAGACCUGGUGGUUUGUCCCCUUAGUCGCUUGACAAGACUAUUUAGUGUCAUGGAACUAGAUUUUUAGAAAAGGAAUUGGAAUCGUGUCUCUGGUAAAUUGCGCGUGAAGUCCUCAGACGUAAGGUGCUAUUCAGUCCUACUGUCCUUCUCUUGGGACGCUUUUCGUUAGCGUUGCUCUGUUUUGUGUGGUGUGCGGGGAAGCUGCUGACUGGGGUGAGCCGUGCAUAUAGGACUCCCGAUGCUGACACACCUAAAAUGCAGUUUUUAAUCUCUAACUCGUCCAAGCCAGGUUUUGAGCAGUUUCUUGGCUGAUGGUCUAAUGACAAAACACCUUACCCUGUCCGGGAUGAUUUUAUUGCUUUCAAGUGGGGGAAAGAACCCAAUGCUAUUUAUUUUGAAAAUGCAUAGAAAUCCACCCUUACUGGCUCCUCUUGGCCCUCCCUUCUCCCAGUCUCUCCUUUUUGAAAGGCAGUGAGUGCGUCUUUCCCUCGGCAGAGGUGCUGGCUGCAGAGGGGAGGACACAUUCAGAAUUUCGGAUCUUCUUCCAAGGCAAAUGCACGCGUGACUAAAAUCCUGAGAGUAUAUAGUGUAGCACUAAAUGGAAAUUUGAGUCCUGAGUUUGAUAGUGGUUUUAAUGUAGUGGCUGAAGGUAUGAAUUCAUGUUUUGUAACUAUAGAGGCAAGUGAGUUUUUACUUUUUAAAAAGUUUUAAGAGAAUAACUGUUAAGUUUCUGUGCAGCAAAGUGGCUAAUUACUCAUUAAAUACAAGAAAAGAAUGUAGUGUCUAAAUCCAGAUUUUUCUUACCUCUGAUACACUUCAGAUUACUUACCUAAUAUGUAUUGAGGGGUUUUAACCCUGAGUUUUAUCAACUUUUCUAGUUUUAUUUUAUUUUUAUAAAAUAAUUGAAAAAGAACCAAAAAUGAAUUCAGAAGUUCCAUAGGUAGAUCUUGCCCCUUCUUAAUUUUCCCCCCACAAUAAAACAUUUUAGAAGAUAUUUUGAAUCCAAAUGUAUUGUGACCAUUGAAAGUUUACUAUUUUCUAAGCAGCUGAGCAGCUACAAGGGCCUCGUUUCAGGCGGUACUCUGCGUAUUGUCUACGGACUGUUUAUACCUGUGCGGUGGGUCUAUGUGACGACGUCUUGUGCUUGCAAUAGAGAAACCGUGCAGUGCUGUUUUGUAAAACUGAAAGUUCCUGUACAAACUAGUAUUUAUAUACAUUGGCCUCUCUGUAUAAUUUCUCAUUUGCUACAUGAAUUGUACAAUUAAUUAUAAAAUUAUAGUACCUGCUAAAUACAAUUCGGAGGCUUACGUCCUUGUCUUUUGUUCACUACCAUUCCGUGUGUUUUGAGGAUGUCCGAUGCCUGCAUGACGCGAGGUGGUAAUGCCACUUUAAAUCAAGCCUUAAUCAGAUGUUAAAAUUGUAAGUUUCAGAGUAUGCAAAAAUAUUAGGCAGGGUGGGUUUAAACUGUUCAGAUCAAGAUGCUAUAUCCUAAAUCAACCAGUCUCUUCUCUGGAGUUACAAAGGGAAACUUUCGGUGAUCCAGAUCCCUCUCUCGCGCUCUCUGGUCUGGCGUGGCCGUUGCCACUGCUCGAUGAAAACGGACCAUUGUGCAUUUCUGUGGCAGUCAAAAUGACCUAUUCUGAAAGUCUAGAGACUUUUUCAGGGUUACUUUUAAAUGUUUGUUUUUUUUUCCCUCCAGUCUGAGAUUUAUUUAUGGCAAAUGGAGAGUGUGAUUUGGGCAUGAAUCUUACUGAACCUGCUCACGUUCUAAGCUUUCUUCAGGUAGUGCCACCUGCCAUCGCUUCCGCAUAGGAUUAUCUGGAUUUUUGUUUUUGUAAAAGCAUCUUAAACUUAGACAUAAAAUGGAGGGGACCCAGCUUUCUUUACAAUGUGGAUCUACCUCAGUUACACAGUUGGGUGCUAUUUACUAAGUCUGUCAAAUCAAAUUGGAAAAAGUAACCAAACAGCAAGAUAUAACUCCACACAAAGCUUGAAAUCAUAAUUUCCGUUUAUUUAAUAAUCUUUUUAUUUAUUUUGUGCCUUUUGUGUUGAAUCCUAAUGCAUUGAAAAAAUCAGUAUGAAAUUAAAAUUCUUACAUUGCAGGUGGGGAGAAAAGCCCAAUUGGCCAUGGAAUUUGAUAGGUUGCCCCCAGCCAACAAGUAAGGUAGAACUGAAAUCCCAACUGCCCUCUUGUGAAAAGAAAAGAAAAAAAAAAAUUAUGUCCAAGAGCAAAUUAACAUUUUACAAACAAAUUCCAAACUCUUCUAUGCACGUACUUAAAGCUCUCUCUUCAUUUUCUGUGCCAAUGAAGGGGCAGCCAAGACAACUCCCACGCACUUAACUGUUGCGGGUUUUGCCAUCUGUGCCCCCCCCCCCCCCGCCACCUCUGGUGUAUUUUAUACAUUUAUUUCAUAAGCAGCAAAUGGACUGUUGUCGAUUUCGUCUCUCCUGGUGGAGGUGUUGGUGGCCAGGGGGGAGCCGGAGGAAGAGGGGGGUGCGGGAGCCACUGAAGUGUGGGGUGGGCCGUGGUGGGGUGGGGGGAGGCCUGCAUUCAGCAACAGCCCCGGGGUUGCCCUGAGUUAGGCAAGCUUUCUGGCAGGUGAGAAAGUUAAGGUAGGAGAUCGAUGACUUUCCAUGCUUUUAUAUUUGGCAGUUUACAAUUCUAGACUUUUCCUACUGUGGUGAUCUUUUUUAACUUAAUUGUUUGGAGGUAACACAAUAUUUUGGAGUCUUAAGAAUUUGAUUUUAUACCAAUAAGAAAUAAAAAUUAGGGAUCUUUCCUGUAGUGUAUAGUUUUACUAUUUUAAAGAGAUCUCUGAAUUUUACAAGAGAACCAACAUUCCUUAGUGGCAAAACUCUGAAAGUUGAUUUGGGAGGCUUUUUGCUGCAGGAUCUCCAAAAAAUGGGAUGAUUCUAGUUAAAUGUUCUCAUUGUUGAGCGUCCAUCGGGUCAGUACUUGAGCUCUAUUUUGUAGAGUCGCUCAUCCUUCGGUAUGCUGCAUAUACAGAUCGGCGCCGUUGCACUUUCUCAGUGGUGAGAAACGCCCCGCAAUUGGCUCACCAGUAAGCAUUCUGUUCUUUCACCUAACAAGAGUACUUUGGGGCAGGUGAUUAAAUUUAUAUAGGUACCUCAAGAAAAAGAACCUGAAUAUGCUGCAUUUUGUUUCUUUAGCUUUUAUAUGUAGCAUUUUGUUUUGCUCUUAUCAUUUUGUUUAGAUCUACGCUUUUUGGACCCCAAUAGACUGUUGGACGAGAUUUUAAAGUGACUCUUGUCGGGAUACAGGAUCCUUUGUUUUUGUCUUUUCAACUUCAGUAUCUGGUUCAAAGGUCGCCCACCAUUAGUGCUACUUCACCCAAAUGCACCUGCGAAAAAGGAUACCGUGUGCGUAGGCAGACAAUAAUGUUCCCAGUCCUUUCUGUUCAUGCUGCUUCCUUAAUUCUUUUCUCCGUGUCAUCAAGAGGUUGGAUGACUUGUUUCUAAGGUCAGACUUAAACAUCUUGGCAUCUUAAUGGCUUCAACACAGACCUCACAAAAUUGCCAUUGAGUAAGUAGCAUGAUCCUAAAGGAAGCGCUGGCAUCAGGCAGCCGGAUGGAUCUGGUCUCGGAAGAGCCAGUCUCCGCGUCUCUCCAUCCCCAGCCCUCACCCUCACCCGGCAGGUGGGGAGUGGUCUUGAUGGACGAAAGACAAACUGGUGAAGAAUGCCAAAGGCUGAGACACUGAGCAUCUAUUGUCACGUUCAAGCUUAGCUGGGUCCUUUCGAGUUUGUUUUACAGCUUACUAGGUUAAGUAGUUUGCACUAUUUUUGCAAUAAAUUCAUGGAAAACCUAACAGUUACUUGUUUUGUUUCUUACUGUGUGUAUAUAAACUAAUACUAAAAGUUUGGCAUAGUGUUUUUUCACCUCCUUACAUAACCCUUAACAUGCACAGAAUGCUGUAAAUCUGAUAAAAUAUGAUGUGAAUGAUAUUUUAUAAAGUUAUUUUGUAUGGUGUCAAUUUUGUUUUGCCUCAUAGUAUGUCAGCAAAAAAUAAAAUAAAAUUCCUCAUAUUUACA